AUGAAGUUCAUCAGUCUCGCGGCAACGGCGCUGUUCGCGCGUGGCAUCAUGUCCCAGAACAUGCUACGUUUUGCCUGUUCUCAGCUCGUCGUGGAGCGAAGUGACCCCAUUGUGUUUCCUGGUGAGAUUUUCACACCUCAUCUUCACCAGAUUGUUGGUGGUAACUCGUUCAACACCACCAUGGACCCGACGACUCAUGAUCCAUCGACCUUGUCCACCUGCACAAGCUGCAACUUUGCCCAGGACAGGAGCAACUACUGGACUGCUGUGAUGUUCUUCAAGGCUCGCAACGGAUCCUACCAUCGUGUCCCUCAAGUCGGCAACGGAGGGCCUCAAGGCACUCUGGCUCAGAAUGGCGGCCUUGACGUGUACUAUAUUCCGAGUGGCCAGACCACCGCUUUCGCAAAGGGCUUCCGAAUGAUCGCUGGCAACGCGACCAACAAGGACACAAGCCAGGUGAAUGGGGCCAAUAUCUGUCACAGAUGUUGGACGAGCACGAACGAAGACAACUUCGUCGGCGGAGCGCCCUGCACGGGCUCCGAUACCGUUGAGAUCCCGGAUGCAGCAGAUUGUCAGAUGAUCCGACAGACGAUCAUAUUCCCAGCCUGUUGGGACGGUGUGAAUCUUGAUAGUGCCAACCACCAAGACCAUGUCGCCUACAGCGGGACUGGGGCGACAGGAGGCGGCGCUUGCUCGGGUACUCACCCGGUCAAGCUGCCUCAGGUCAUGUAUGAGAUUAUGUGGAAUGUCUCCAUGUUCCAGCAGGAACGGGACAGCAUCUGGCCGACAGAUGGUUCGAAUCCAUUCGUAUACAGCACGGGUAUCGGAGGGGCAUCUGCUCAUGGGGAUUACCUCUUCGGAUGGGAGAAUAACACGCUGCAGCUGGCCAUGAACAACGGCUGCAACCUCGACCAGAGCUGUAGCGCGGCAGGUAUCACAGCGCAGUCGCCCAGCGUUUAUGAGGCGUGCACAAACCCACAGCAGGCCAAGGAAUUGGUCGACGGAUGGCUUCCUGCGCUCCCCAAGGGCAACAUGACCAUGGCCACAGAAGAUUGA